AUGUUACGUGCGAAGCAGCUCGGCAUACUUUCGCAGUCGGCUCGUUCCUUCUUCCUUAGCGGCUCGAGAUGUAGCGCAGCUGAUGGGAGCAGUUCUUGCACUUGCUCGGACGAUGAGAAUUGCAUUUCCAAACGGCCCUUAAGAGCAAACUUACUCUCAAAAUCUCCUGUGGCCGUUAGCCCAUUAGCUGCUUCAGUCGGUUUAGUGAAAACCGAAGCAAAUGCCAACAAAACAUCCGAAAACGGCCCUUCUAAUAUAAAAGAAGCAGAUUCCAUUAAUUAUGGCAAGGAAAUUGUACAUUCGUCAUCACCGGCCAUAACCGACCAUUUUGUUAAGGCGGGUAUGGCAGCAGUCGGGCUUUUGUCCGAUUUGGUAAAUUAUAGGAUCCCAAUGACUGAAGGGAGCUCGAUGCUGACAUCAUCAUCACCUCAUUCGGUGGUCGAACGUGUGAAGCCGAUUUCUACCGUCAGGUCUGUAAAUACGAAAAUCUCCAAAAAAGACAAUAAAGCCUACGUAAAACCGUCCUCCGAACAAUAUGGUUCAACUAGUAGAGAUAGUAAUAGAUCGUUUUCGGAGAAAGGUGGGGCGAACGAGCAGACUAAUGUAUCGGGAAAUUUUGUACAGAAUAAUGGAGAAGCUCGCGACAGAAUAAAGUCCAUUCCUCAAAAGUCGAGAGGUUAUUCAAAUCGAUACACGCCAAACACGCCACAAUCAGACGGGAAAUUCAAUAGUAACAGGUCAGGAGGUUUUACUUUUAACAAAAUCAGAGGAAAACAACCAGUUGUAGAGAAUGUUUACCUCAUUCUAAAUCAGUACAAAUGGGGGCCUAUGACAGAACAAGCUCUAGGAAGGCUCGACUGUUCGCUCGAUGCAUACCAAGCGAACCAAGUGCUCAAGCAGCUUCACGAUCACAACGUGGCUCUCGGUUUUUUCCACUGGCUGAAAAGAAAACCGGGCUUCAAGCACGACAAUCACACAUACACUACCAUGAUCGGGAUUCUCGGCCGCGCCCGACAAUUCGCGUCCAUCAACAAAUUACUCGAUCAAAUGGCGAGCGACAGCUGUCAGCCGAAUACCGUCACCUACAAUCGCCUAAUUCACAGCUAUGGCCGAGCAAAUUAUUUAAAAGAAGCCAUGGCCGUUUUCAAUCAGAUGCAACGGGCCGGGUGUGAGCCCGACCGAGUAACCUACUGCACACUCAUCGACAUUCACGCGAAAUCGGGCUAUCUCGACAUUGCCAUCGAUUUAUAUCGAAAAAUGCAAGAAGUCGGGCUUUCGCCCGACACCUUCACGUACAGCGUGAUCAUAAACUGCCUCGGGAAAGGAGGCCACCUGGCGGCGGCCCACGAGCUGUUUCGCGAGAUGGUUGAUCGAGGCUCAUUGCCUAACCUCGUGACUUAUAAUAUAAUGAUUGCUCUUCACGCGAAGGCCCGAAACUACCAGAGCUCCCUACUGUUAUACCGUGAGAUGCAGAGCGCUGGAUUCGAGCCCGAUAAGGUCACGUACAGUAUAGUUAUGGAAGUUCUCGGCCACUGUGGCUACCUUGAUGAAACCGAGGCAGUUUUUGCCGAGAUGAAGAGGAAGAAUUGGGUUCCGGACGAGCCCGUUUACGGGCUUUUAGUCGAUCUGUGGGGAAAAGCUGGCAAUGUGGAGAAGGCUUGGGAGUGGUAUCGGGCCAUGCUGAAUGCGGGCCUACGGCCCAAUGUCCCCACGUGCAACUCUUUACUGAGCGCCUUCCUUAGAGUCCACCGUCUUCAGGAUGCAUACAAUUUGCUACAGAGCAUGAUUGGGCUGGGCCUGAGCCCAACUCUCCAAACCUAUACUCUCCUCCUCAGCUGCUGCACGGAGGCCCAGACUUCGUUCGAGAUGGGCUUCUGCUGCGAGCUGAUGACGGUCACGGGCCACCCGGCCCACACGUUCCUUCUCUCCAUGCCGGCCCACGGGCCCAACGGGCAGAAUGUACGGGCCCACGUCAGCAAAUUCCUCGACAUGAUGCACAGUGAGGAUCGGGAGAGCAAGCGGGGGCUUUUAGAUGCUGUGAUUGACUUUUUCCACAAAACGGGCCUUAAAGAGGAAGCGGGCUCUGUUUGGGAAGUUGCUGCGCGGAGAAAUGUUUAUCCGGAUUCGGUUAGGAUGAAAGGAAAUUGCUAUUGGCUUAUAAAUCUGCACGUGAUGUCUGAUGGGACAGCUGUCACUGCACUUUCAAGAACUCUCGCGUGGUUUCAUAGGGAGCUGCUGGUUUCGGGUGUGGGCCCGGCCCGAAUCGAUAUUGUGACGGGCUGGGGAAGGAGGAGUCGGGUUACUGGUUCGUCUCUUGUGAAGGAGGCUGUUCGGGAGCUGCUUGACAUGUUCAAGUUCCCGUUUUUUGUGGAGAAUGGGAAUUCGGGUUGUUUUGUUGGGUGUGGGGAGCCGCUUAACCGGUGGCUUUUGCAGCCGUGUGUCGAGCGGAUGCAUUUGCUGUGA